ACCUGACAGGUAGAUAACACAGGUAACUAAGUGGGUCAUGUGAUCAGAGAGCAUACUAAAUAUCAACAGACAGGACAGCGGCCAUUUCUGAAAUCAGUCACUUAAUCUAAUCAUGGACCCCCGUACCAGUGCCCAGGACGUGAUUCGAUGUGACCUGUGUGAGACCGCUGUGGUACAGAUGCACUGUGAUACAUGUCUUGUCAACCUGUGUAAGGCCUGCGUGGGAGAACACAUUUCAACAGGUGAAACCAAAGAUCACAAAGUUGUCAAAUUUCAGGAAAGGAAAUCCACUCCCCUCUACCCUAUAUGUAAAACUCAUAAUAAAGAAGAAUGUGAAAUGUUCUGUAAACAAUGUGAUAUUCCUGUCUGCAUCAGCUGUGUUGCUCUUAAUAGACAUUUUGGUCAUGAAUUAUCAAAAGUCUUACAAGUUCUGGACGAAAAAAAGAACAAGAUUAUAGAGGAAAGAAAUGAAUCAAAUGAGACAAUUUAUCCCACCUACCAGGACAUUGCCUCUGAUGUACAAAACAGAAUGAGUCAGUUAAAAAAGGAACAUAAAGAUCUUUCAUCAGCCAUAACAAAACAUGGAGAGGACUGGCACAGAGAAAUUGACAAACUUGUCCAGAAACUUAAAGCUGAAGUUGAUGAGAUGAAAAACACACAGUUACAAACUCUACAAAAACAUCUGGAUGAAAUAAACAAGACAAUGUCUGACAUCAAGGAAGAAAUAAAUUCAGUGGAAACUACAACAGACACAAAUGACUUGUCAAAACUAUUUAGUGUCACGUCCAAUGUACACAUGUACAGAAAUCUUCCAAACAAAAUAAUGCCAUCUUUACCCAAAUUCAUUCCAGGAAAAAUCCAAGGAGAUCUGGAAGAAUUAAGUAAAUUAUUUGGAGCGUUAUCAUCAAGUUCCUUAUCAUCAGAUGAACAUGGCUACAGCAUGAAGACAACACAGAAAUCACCAGAAGCUGGAUCCUCUCCUCCGGUCAAACAGCUGCUUGAUGAACCAGAGACUGUCACCACCAUAGACACUGGGUGUAAAAACUCUCGCAAUGUUGCCUGUCUGAGUGAUGAAGAAAUCUGGACAAGUGGACUUAACAGCACCAUGAUACUCUACAGCAUCAAUCAGGGAGACAUCAAGUCAAUCAAAACCAAGUCAAAGAAGACACCAUCUGACAUAGCAGUGACAAAAAGUGGAGAUCUAGUUUAUACUGAUUAUGAUGAUAGAACUGUGAAUAUUGUGAAGAAUGAGAAGAUAGAGGAGGUGACCAGACUACAGAACUGGAAACCUGAAGGUGUCUGUAGUACCUCCUCUGGUGACCUCCUGGUUAUCAUGGACAGUGAUGAUGACAAACAAACAAAAGUUGUCUGUUACUCUGGCUCCAUAGAGAAACAAACCAUUCAGUUUGAUAAUAAAGGUAGAUCUCUCUAUUUAUCUAGUUCUCUUUAUCCAAGAUACAUAACAGAGAACAGGAACCUGGAUAUCUGUGUGUCUGAUGAUAGAGCUGGAGCAGUAGUGGUGUUAAAUCAGGCCGGGAAACUGAGAUUCGAGUACACUGGACAUAUUCCUGCUGCAAAGAAUGAACCAUUCAGUCCAAAAGGAAUCACCACAGACAGUCAGUGUCACAUCCUUACAUCUGAUAAUAACAAUGACUGUGUCCACAUCAUAGACCAGGAUGGACAGUUCCUACAUUACAUAAAAUGUGGACUGAGGUAUCCCUGGGGACUGUGUACAGAUACAAAUGACAAUCUGUUUGUUGCUCAAAGUGUAAAUGCACAAGUGAAGAGAAUCAAAUAUCUGCAGUGAUAUGCAUCACUGUAUUGCAUUCUAAACAAUGAUAAUAAAUAUUAGAGGUAUGCAUUAUCACUAAUAGAUAUGGGGAAAGUAUUCUGCACUAUGAUGGAAACAUGCAAUAAAAUCUUCAUUCUUUUAUAAGAACAGUAAACAUUACUACAAAUCAAGACCAAAAAUAAGAGAUUAUAACUGUAAACUCGCAUCAUUAGACUAGAUUUUAAUAAUAAAGCGUGAUGAUUUUU